AUGGCUGACACCGCGAACUCGAUCAUCUAUGACGAUCUAGUGGCCAAGAUCAAAGCCGCUGUCGCCCAGAAGCUCGCCGAAAACGAGUCGGCUCCUGAUGCUCCUCGCUCUGUCAUUGUACAGCGCAAAUUCAUCAAGAUCAAGAUGAACCGUCACAACCUCGAUACCAUGCCCAACGAGGUCCUCGGCAUGAUCACUACGCUCUGCCAUGAUCACGCGGGCGGAGGCCGCGAGAACCUUCGCAACCUCUGCCUCGUGAGCAAGCGCAUCCACGACAUUGCGCGUCGCGAGUUGUACUUUAUUACCCCCAUCCAGACUCCCCACCAGCUUGCAUGCAUUGUCAGAACCCUCAUCGAGCAGCCUUCUACCCGAAAGCUCAUCCAUGACGUGCUCAUCAACAUCGACACGAACAACUUCACCGGCAAGAAUCCGGCGGCUUCCUUUUACCGCCAGUUCUCGUUCACUCAGCUUGAUGACUCCAAGCUUUCGGCGCGUGAUCGCCAGCUUCUUGUCCUCUGCAAGGCUACCUGCGGCACCAAGGCCCCCGAGAACCUCCAGUGUAUUCUGGGUCUCUUCAUGUUCCUUUUGGAGAACACUCACCACCUCACGAUCCGCGCCGACAACUACCUCUCCAUUGCCGACCGCUUUCUGACUGCUGGUCUAUGCAUUCUUGCGCCCAAUUCGUCCAACAACCUCGACUACUCGCCUCUGUUCCCUUCCCUGGCGAGCUUGGACUUGAUCAGCAAGACCUGGCUCCAGAGAUCCAGCCAGACCUUCUUCGGCAAGGUCUUUCAGCCCACCUUGGCCCUUGCGGCUUCUUCGCCUCUGCUCGUCGAUUUCGGUUUCAAGGGACCCGAGGGCGAGCUGACCAGCGUUCUCAUGCACUGUGGUUCUGACGUCAAGUUCCCCUUCAAGAAGCUCUUGUUGCGUGGUAGCGACUGGACCGCCUCGAGCCUUUGCGUUCUACUCCGCCGUUGCCCCAAGGUUGAGCAUCUCGAAGUCGAGACGAUCCCAGACAAAGACAACUACUUGAUUGGACAGAACAUCAACAGAGUCUUGCCCAAGUAUUGCCCCGAGCUUCGAGUCCUGUCAAUCCGCUUCUUCGGAAACAAGGAAGACUUCUUCGGUCCCCGUCUUACCCUGACCUGCCUUCCCAAGAUGGACAACCUUAGAGAGCUUCGCAUUGAGAUCGAUGCUUUCGUUCGCGAGGCCCAGGACCUCGGCGACCUCGACCUUGCCGAGAAGCUUCCUGACAGACUGGAGAAGCUCUUCCUGGAUGCUUCGUCCGUGAAGUUCCCGGGUAAAGUCACGUCCAAGACCCCCGCGGUUCUUGCGCACAAGGAGCACGUGAAGAGAAUCAUCGAAGAUCUCUGCGAGACUCGCGCGGAGGAGAUUCCUCUUCCUCGCCUCGAUACCAUCGCCAUCGGCUGCAAGUACAGCAAGCCGAAGCAGUGGACCAGAGUCGCCAAUGACACCAUGGCCGACACCGAUGCCAAGCUCCGGGUCUACACCGCCGCCGACGCCAAGACCUUGUGGGCCAAGUCUUUCGACCAGAUGAACGUUUGA